CCACGUGCGCAACCGUAAAGUCAAAGUAAAAGUCCAUCAGUUAUUUAAUAACGCGCGUUCUGCGUAAAUACAGCGCACAGUUAAUCAACGUGAGCUCUCCAUUUGGCCUUGAGGACGAUUGAAGAUCUUUAAAUUAUGAGCAAAAAAUAAUCAUAAUAAUACAAAACAAUAAUAAUUAACCAUGAGCGCGUCCAACUCCUUCCAUAAAGCUGAGAUCAUCACUGCAGUGUCUGUGACAUUUGGAGCCGCAGCAGUGGGAAUCCUCGUCUACAAAACAUUUUUUAGCAAAAGCACAUGCGUGAAGCCAAAAGUUAACCUUGAUCUGCAGAAAGACAACCCCAAAGUGGUACAUGCGUUUGACGUUGAGGACCUGGGCGACAAAGCCGUGUACUGUAGGUGCUGGAGAUCCAAAAAGUUUCCAUACUGUGAUGGUGCACAUGCUAAACACAAUCAGGAAACGGGAGACAACGUUGGUCCUCUGAUCAUUAAACGCAAGGAGGCAUGAGCAUUUCCACUGUUCAUGACCGUCCAUUCUCAGCGAUGGAUAUUAGUGUGUCUUCGCUUUACAUGUGUGGUCAGGGCUGAUGGGAUUAAAUGUGUGAUUAUAUUAUCCUGUGUAUGUGUGCUUGAUCAUGUACAGUAUGCUUGACCGGCUCUCAGACCAGUACUAUAUAUAUCUGGGUUUUUGUUAAGCAAUACAUAUCAAUUUUCUCUUUUUAGCUGCUUAGACUUUAUGGGAUAUGUUCUGGUUCAACCAAACUCUUCUAAAUAUGGUUUUGUGCUUAAACACUGGUCAUAUUAUUGUAUGAGACAAAAACUUGAAUUGAAAAAAAAAAACACGAGUUUGAACUGAAUCUUGUCUGUUUUAGGAGAUAAAUAUGAAAGUGAAAGGAGUAUGAAAACCAAAUGGCCAUGUUUUGUUUUUUUGUUUUGUUUGUUGCCUAUUAAACUUCACAUAUGACUUUAACUGAUCACUGACAUUAAAUGUAUUUAAAAUGCCAUUCUCCUAUAAUAUAAAUAGCUAUAUAUUUUGAAUCCUAGCCUACUACUGGAAAUGCUAGAUAUAUUUCUGUAACAGAACCAAAUGUUACAUGGAGAAAAUCAUGUUUUGACGAGCUUGUCUUUUCUGUGAAAUUAUUGUAUUUUCUCUCUCAGAAAAGUACAUUGUACAAGUUUGAUGUGAAAUAAACCAGUUUUAAACUGA